CCUGCCUUCACUGUGGUCGCGGCGCUUGGUGCAAGAUGGCGGCGGCGCUGCGUCGCGUUCCCGCGCUCGCCCGCCCGGGCUUUGGAGUCAGGCUCAAGCAGGGGACGGUGCGAGGCUCGGCGCUCCAUUCCAUGAAGGUGACGGGCGGCCGAGGCUCAAACCAGAUGCCGACGGUGCCAGGUUGGCAAUGUUACGGCGCGGUGUUUGUGCAGCGGGCGGCCGUCCUAUCGCGGGAGGAGAACCCGAUGGAAAGCGCGUACAGGAGGUUGCUGGAACAGGUAGAACUGGAAAAAAGCCUCUACUCUGAUCACGAGCUCCGAGUCUUUGAAGAUGAAGAAAAAAUUCGUUGGAGGCAGGCAGAGGAUUACGAUUCGGAUAAGGAAGAGGAUGUUGGCCAAGACCUUGUGACUGCCCAAGAUCUGGAAGAUAUGUGGGAACAGAAGCUCAGACUGUUUAAAGCUGCUGACAGAGUACAAGAAGCUGACAAGAAGAAUGACAAAUCGACAUUGAACAGGCGAUUGGAUGAGAAACUGAUAUUACUAGUAAAAGAAAAAGUGGGAGAUGAGGGGAUCUGGUUGCUGCCACAGAGUGAAUGGAAGCCAGGAGAAACCAUGAGGCAGACCGCAGAACGCACCCUGUCUACAUUAUCUGGUAGAAAUGAAUUGCAAGCUAUUUUUCUGGGCAAUGCUCCGGCUGGUUUUUAUAAGUACAAGUAUCCUAAGACCGUGCGAACUUCCAGCACUGUGGGGGCCAAAGUGUUUUUCUUUAAAGCCUUGCUGAUGUCUGGAGACCUCAAGACAAGAAGGAAGGGAGACUAUGUAUGGGUAACUAAAAGCGAACUGAAGGACUACCUCAAACCAAAAUACUUACAGCAAGUUAAUCGCUUCAUCUUUGAUACCUCGGCAAUGUAUGAGUAAAAGUUUAUUUUGUUAAAAUGUAAUCAUUGUGAAAAGUAAAUUAUGUGAUGAAUUUUACGUUUCUCCCAUAUCUCUCAAAUCAUAUUUUGGAGAGUCCCUGAAACUUCUGCUAUGUUCCUAAUAAGAUCAAAACUCUCACUGGGAAUGUCCCACGUUCAAAACCUGGUUUGUACUCGAUUAUUGUCAUUGGGAUGCUUUAAUUGGCCUUGGUGCCCUUGGUUAGUAAGGGAAAAAUCAGCUUGGAGUCCCACUUUAACUAUGUUGUGACCUCUAUUGCAAAGUAUGCAUAUGGGAAUCAGUUUGAGUACAUGAUCAAACUUACUGUUAGCCGCUUGGAGAAUUUGCUGCUGCCUGUUGAAUUGUGCCAGUAAGAAAUCAACACAAGGAGGGCAGAUAAUUGGAGGUGUGAGGUGGCAACGGGGAUGGGGGUUGAGGAAUGCCAACUCUAAAGACAUUGAUCUCUCUCUCAUUUGUCUGUACAAAGCUUACACCCUCAAACUUGUACUCAGGGAGCACCCACCCUGUUCCCUACCAGUAAAAUCCCGGCUCUUGAGACUGGUUUCAAACUGAAGCCGAUUUUAAGGCAUGCAGGUUGUUUAAACGUUGUAUAAUUGACAAAUCCACUAAUCAUGAAUCUUGAACUUUUAACAAUUGCUUUCAGGUUGGAGGGUGCUGGUCAGGUUACUUUCUCUGGAUUUCACCCUAUUGCUCCCAGAACCCAUUGGUGUACUCCUGUGUUUUUAUGAAAAUAGUUCUUGUGAAUUCAUAUCAAUGCCCAUAACAAUAAGGAGACCUUGAGACCAAUGUGAAUCAAAAUAUGAUUUUUCCCUAUCCAACAUAAAUAUGUGUAAAUUUACAGAGAACUAAGUGUUGAAUUGAGAAUUCUUGCUUACUGGAAUAUAUCACAUGCCACAAUGAUCUCUACUUCAUGAGGUGGAAAUGUACGUACUCCAUCAGACUGAAAUUCUGGCUCCCAUCCAAUAGAUGAAUUUACUUAAUGUUAAACAAGUAAAUGAACCAUAUUUAGUACAAGUGGUUAUGGUAAUACAAAUUUUGCUCAACUUCUCCAUCUCAAAAUAUGGAGACACCGCACCUACAACUUUUAAUAUAAACCUGACCUUUGAUAUAUGGACAUUCAGUUAUUACAUGGUGAAACACUGCUGCAGAGCCUAGUACCUCUGCUGAUUCCAGACUGACUACAGAUCUAGAGAAAGUCAGCUGCAGAUAUAUCAUUCCGAAUCCUUUCAAGAUAUAGUGAAAGGAAGGACUUUGUAAUUGUAAUAUAGCUGAGAAAAAUAGUUUUUAAAAGAAAGGUUGAAUUAUGUGGAAUGGCUUGAAUCAUAUUUGAAUACCAUGGAUAAUCUGUUAGUCAGCUCUUUGUCCAAGGAGAGUGGCAACAAGCAAAGCAAGGCUUCCAAGCUGAUACCUGUUUCUGUCUACCCUGAAUGCAGUAGAUGUGCUAUCCAGUUUUUAGAAACAGCUACAGCUGUCUGUGCUUUGACCAGCAAGAAUAUUUGAAUGAAAGCAUCAUAGAUGUAAAAGCACCAGUUCCGUUGCAUUGGUAUCCACCUCUCAACAUUUCAAGAUCCUGGAACAUUUCUCCCACCACCUCAGUCUUACAUUCAUUAAGGUCUUGGAGAACUAUUGGACUGGAUGUUUCUCACGAGUACUACCAGACCAGCCAUCCCAACUCCCACAAUCAGUGCUACCAGGUCCUGUUAUCUCAUGACCAAAUGCUACUUGAGCAUGUCACUCCCAGUGUUGGCAUACCUUACCGUGGGAUUCUGAACCUUGUGAUUCUGUUUUGCCCUCAGGCUUCCAGAGACUGGAACCCCUUUCUUUUGUGCUGCUACACACAGACAUCAUUUGCACCCUUGGACUUCCUGCUUUACUGCCACAGCUGGAACACCCCCGCCAUUACCACUAGGUCGCAGGAACCAUCCAAUUAACCCCAUAUUUCGAUCCCUUGGAGCUAGUGAGACCCAGAUUCCCACUCUGCAAUGCUGUCAUGCAGCAAAACUGCCAACAAUGUCUUCAAGCAGAAUAACCACCAUAACUGCUAUUAAUUGGGACAUGGCAUUCUUACAAUCAACAAUUGGUUACCAUCUUUGUAGCUUGGGCUUGAAAAAAGGUUAAAAAAAAUCUAGGCCACUCUUUUACAAUCCUCCAAAGUACCAGCCAGCUGGACAGAAACAGGGAAGGAGGGAAAUGGGGGAGGGGCACAGGUGAGAUGCUUUUAAAAAAAUUAUUAUUUUGUGGGAUGUGUGUAUCGCUGGCAAGGCUAGCAUUUGUUACCAUCCCUAAUUGCCCCUGAACUGAGUGGCUUGCUAGGCCAUUUCAGAGGGCAGUUAAGAGUCAACCACAUUACUGUGGAUCUGGAGUCACAAGUAGGCUGGACCAGGUAUGUUUGGCAAUAUUUCUUUCCCUAAAGGACAUUAGUGGACCAGAUGGGUUUUUACGACAAUUGAUGGCAAUUUCACAUUUAUCACUACAGAAACUAGCUUUCAGUUCAAUGGACUUUAUAGCUGCUGAGUAAAUCCUGUUAGUGCAAGAGGUACUAAUGGCCAGAAAAGUCAGCCAGUGGGGUAGGGAAAUGCAGAUAGAGGAAUUUGGAGCAGCUGGGCAAGAGAAAAUUGAGGCAUGGAUGGCAGCCAUUGGGCUUGAGAAUACCAGGCAGUGGACUAACUGGUGUGGAUGGGAAAUGCUGCCAGCAGGUGUUACUAUAGAAGGGGAACUUGCGGGAUGGGGGAUGUGGGUGGAAUUGGGGGAAGGUUUUGGCAACCAGUUGGUGUGUUAGAAUAGUCAUGGCAAUGAGUGCUGGGAGAACAGUGGACACAGCAGUGAAUGAAUGGAAAUUUGAGUACAAUCCAUGAUUUACUGCUCAUGGAGAAGUGUGGGUCCAUGAUUCUUGCUUAGAGGAGGGAGGGGGGUCAGGUCAGAGAGAAAAGUGCAAAUAUUUGGUGGGAGGUUUUCUAUCCUGGUUCUUCACCACUUCAGUCUUAUGCUGCUGUCUGUUUGGACUCAGCCCCUUACAGCCAUCAUCUAUCAGUUUUUUGAUGCACGUUUUGUGUCUGAAGGGUUGGGGGUGAGGACACGAGGCCAAAAAGUGGGUGGUGGAAAAGUAGCCAAAGAUUUGCUGAUCUGGGAGGACAUCUUGCUGAGCAUGGAGGGGAGUUGGUGGUCAAAUAUUUGCUCAGAUUUGUGGAUAAUAAAUCUCCACUGUGAUAAAAAUCGUUGCUGCAAAGGUUGCGCAGCUUUCAAGAUGUUUCUUCUAAAGACCUCUCUGUCAUUAUCGGGCCACUGACAUCCCUUUGUUUAUUAUUAAAUAAAAUAUUUCAAUCUUCUCACAUGAGGUAUUUCCUCCGGGCUUCUUUUCCGUUUCUGUCUCAGUUUCAAUCUCCCUAGAGUCCUCUACUUUGCAUUAUUUCCUCUGUUCUGCAGCAGUCCAUGGUUGGAUUCAAUUGGUUACUUGACUAAUAAAAAGGGAUUUCUACUGA